ACAGUGCACAAUAGAAGCUCAUCGAACUGUGCUGAAACUGUGGAGAGGGUUGCGCAGACUUUGCAUUGAGGAUCCAGUUAGCAGUGGUGUUGUUAUCGAGUCGGUGGUCGAAGUCAUGGCGUCCCAAGUGCCUCGUGUGAAGUUGGGGUCUCAGGGUCUGGAAGUGUCGCAGCAGGGACUGGGGUGCAUGGGCAUGAGCCAGUUCUACGGGCCUCCAGCACCGGAGCAGGACAUGAUCGACUUGAUUCACCACGCUGUCGAAAGAGGGGUCACGUUUUUGGACACUGCGGAUAUGUAUGGACCUCAUACUAAUGAGAUGCUUGUGGGCAAGGCAAUCAAGGGCAUUCGGGACAAAGUGCAGAUCGCUACGAAGUUCGCCAACUACAUCGACGAGAAUGGAAAUUACAGCAUAAGAGGUGACCCUGAGUACGUGCGAGAAGCAUGUGAAGGAAGCUUGAAGAGGCUGGGAGUGGACUGCAUCGAUCUCUACUACCAGCAUCGUGUCGACACCAAAGUUCCGAUCGAGAUAACGGUAGGGGCGAUGGCGGAGCUGGUGAAGGAGGGAAAGGUGAAGUAUCUGGGGCUGUCGGAGGCGUCAGCGUCCGAAAUUAGGCGUGCACAUGCGGUGCAUCCCAUCACUGCGGUGCAGAUGGAAUGGUCACUGUGGGCUCGUGAUAUCGAGGAAGAUAUUGUUCCCACUUGCAGGGAGUUGGGAAUCUCAAUUGUGUCAUAUAGUCCUCUGGGUCGUGGCUUUUUCGCGGGGUUUAAAGCACAGGAAGCCAAAGAAAAUGAUUUCCGGUCCUAUCACGUGAGAUUUACGGGAGAGAACCUGGAGAAGAACGAGAGACUGCGACAACGAGUGGUGGAGAUAGCGGAGAAGAAGAACUGUUCGAUUAACCAGCUCGCUCUGGCAUGGGUUCAUCACAAAGGCAAGGACGUGGUACCCAUACCCGGUACGACGAAAAGGAAGAACCUGGAUUCCAACAUCGAUUCAUUGCAAGUAUCAUUGACAGACGAGGAGAUCGCAGAGCUGGAAGCAGCGGUGCCCCAGGAGGACAUUGCAGGAGACCGAUACAACCCAGAACAUGCGCACAACACAUGGCGCAACGCGAGCACACCACCCCUGUCUUCAUGGAAGUGAAGUUUUUGUUGUGAAGUAGGUCGGAAGAGUUUGAUUAUCGGUGAAGUCGAGUCUGUAGAAAUUCGAGCAGUAGUGUGGUCGGCAUCUGCGUACAUGAAGCCGAAUUUAUAAGUUGUUGUACUGAUGGUUUCGUGAAUGUGGAGGGUCGGUUACGUGCUGCUCUGAGCAGAUGAGACAACAAUGUUCAUACAUUGCGAAGUGUAUUAUUCAGGAAGGUUCGUGAAGGAGGGGGAAGUGGCUGCAGAGUGAUACUCAAAUGUUACUGCUACCCCAUUUUUGCAAUUCUGUAAUAUGAACAAUAUCAUAUUCCUCAUCUACGACAUGUGUUGUGUCUGGCGUUUGAACAUUUUCGUAGGAAAUAUGUUAAUAUUAAUCAGAUGGUUAUGUUGUAACAACUAUUUUUUAUGAAUGUAAUCAGAAUGUCCUUUUCUAUGGACGUUUUAUGAAA